UGGUGGGUGCCUGUGCAAUCUCUGUGCCAGUGCGUGUUCCAGCCUCCCGUCCCCCGGCACCGCUCUGCCUGCGGCCAGGCUCGCUGGGGCUCUCCAGGGCAGUUGCUGUGCAGAGCCAGGGAAGGGUUAAUGCCGCCUUCCUUCCCCAGAAAAGCUCCUGCGUCUGGGGUUUCUCUUCCUCUGGCUGCUGCUGACAUGGCUGGGCUGCUUGUCACGAGUGCUCAGCCUCCGCCGGGGAGGGACCUUCCGGGGCUCUGGAGCAGCCCUGCCGCCCUGUCCUGCUGCCCUGCAGCGUCUCGUCUGCCCCACGCCUGUCCCGGGGCCGCCGGGACCCCGGCUGGAACCCCUGUCCUCUCCCAGGUGGGCAGGAAGAGGCAGAGCUGAGGGCUUGCCUGAGGCCUGGCAUGAAUUUGGCUUUCCCUACGGGCUGGGGGUCUGGCGGUUGGACAAGAGGGUCCUGCAGCUGGGCAGGAGGUCCUGUGGCACAGGCAGAGCCCAGGGUUUGGGGAUUUCUGUGUCUGAUGAGCGGGUGUGACACGGCUCAUCCCUCUGGCAGUGGGGGCUGGUGCCGGUGGGAAUGCUGAGAAUGGGGCGGGCGGGAGGUGCUGGGAUGCAUCCACACAGCUCUGGUACCGUAGGUGACUUUUAACCUGGUGCCACCAGCCGGCCUGUCUGGCUCAGGCUCCCCGACAUGGAGACUGCAAGUAUUGGGAAGUGUUGGCGUGUCUGAGGGCCGGUGUCGCAAGCCGAGGCGCCUCAGCCUUGGCAACAGGAGGGGGCUGUGAAGGAGGAAGCUGAUCAGGGCCGGGGCAGAGCGGGGAAGUGCUGAGCUCAGAGAUUCAGGGUGCAGGGUCACCCGGCGAGCUCCCACUGAGGCGGUGCAGGGGAAUCGGUGCACAGCUGAGGACAGGGCUGGUCCAGAGGCACACGGGGUCUUUGGGCCCUGGCGCGGGGCAGUGGCUGCGCUGGGGACCCUGGUGAGUCUGGGCUGGUGGCAGUGGUGGCACACGGGACCUCGCGGGUCAGGGGGUCCCGCUUGGGGCAGGGAGGGUGGGGACAGCCCUACAGACGCCUGUUCCCAGCACCCCAGGGCGGCAGGUGGGGGUGGCACAAGAGCUGAGCUGGCAGAUCCUGCUGCCACCUCCCUUGGGGACAACACUGGAGGGAAGGUGUUGGGUGUCCUUGCAGGUGACCUUGGUGCAACGCGCAGAACCAGGUGGGAGACAGGAGCACAGUAGGAGGGCUGGGAGCACUCUUGAGGGAGGCAGUGACCUUGGGGACUGGAGGGAACAGGAAUGGGAACCUUGUCACCGUGAAGCAAGGAGGUCACACGCCAAGGAGCACUAGGAAUGUUCCCGGAGCACGGGGACCAUGUGGUGGCCCUGGGCGAUGGUGUUGGAGAGGGGGUGCCUGGCUCCCCAGGGUGACAGGAAGGUGUAGAUGUCAUGGUGUGCAGGUGGGGUCUGUCUGGAGGCUGCACCAGCUCCAGGCUCUGCCCCAGAACAAUGAAUCCACUGCAGAGGGAGCUGCCAGGAGCUGGUUGGUGUUUGGGGCUGACCUGGUGCAGCAGAGCAGCCUGCAGGCUGCAGGUCGGUAUGGAGCUGUGCUGCAGGGCACAGCAGAGCUGCCUGGCUGUGGGGAGCAGAAUGGGCACCCACACCAGCGCGGCUGGGGCAGAGCAGAGGGAAAUGGCACUGGGGGGCAGCAGGGCUGGCAGAGCAGUGCUGGAGGUGAUGCGGGGGCCUGUGUUGGUUCUCACUCUGCAGCUGCCACAGUCUGAAGGAGCAGAUGCCCUUGCCCUCGAAUUCCUUUCAUGCCAUUGGUGCCACUUGGCCUCUGUGUGGGGCUGGGGACACUGCUCGCCAGCCCAGCUCCUCCUGCCUCCCAGCACCUCCUCGUCCUGCCUGCAGCCAGGCCCACAGCUGCUGGCUGGGAGCAGAGCCUGUGCCAGGAGCCUGGCAGGCCUGAUUGCCAGGAGCACACGUGCUGACCUGUCGUGUCUCUGCUCAGUGCCCAGUGACCUGACACCAGAGGAGUGCCAGGAGCUGGAGAACAUCCGCCGCCGAAAGCAGGAGCUGCUGGCUGACAUACAGCGCCUCAAGGAUGAGAUAGCAGAAGUGACGAAUGAGAUCGAGAACCUGGGCUCCACGGAGGAGAGGAAAAACAUGCAGAGGAACAAGCAGGUGGCCAUGGGCAGGAAGAAGUUCAACAUGGAUCCCAAGAAGGGCAUCCAGUUCCUGAUUGAGAACGACCUGCUGAAGAACACGUGUGAGGACAUUGCGCAGUUCCUGUACAAGGGAGAGGGCCUCAACAAGACAGCCAUCGGCGACUACCUGGGCGAGAGGGAUGAGUUCAACAUCCAAGUCCUGCAUGCCUUCGUGGAGCUGCAUGAAUUCACUGACCUCAACCUUGUGCAGGCGCUGCGGCAGUUCCUGUGGAGCUUCCGGCUGCCAGGGGAGGCCCAGAAGAUUGACCGGAUGAUGGAGGCCUUUGCCCAGCGGUACUGCCAGUGCAACCCCGGUGUCUUCCAGUCCACAGACACCUGCUACGUGCUGUCCUUUGCCAUCAUCAUGCUGAACACGAGCCUGCACAAUCCCAACGUGAAGGACAAGCCCACGGCGGAGCGAUUCAUCGCCAUGAACCGCGGCAUCAAUGAUGGGGGGGACCUGCCUGAGGAGCUGCUCCAGAACCUGUACGAGAGCAUCAAGAAUGAGCCCUUCAAAAUCCCUGAGGAUGACGGCAAUGACCUCACCCACACCUUCUUCAACCCCGACCGGGAGGGCUGGCUCCUGAAGCUCGGAGGCAGGGUGAAGACGUGGAAGCGGCGCUGGUUCAUCCUGACGGACAACUGCCUUUACUACUUCGAGUACACAACGGACAAGGAGCCCCGUGGCAUCAUCCCCCUGGAGAACCUGAGCAUCCGUGAGGUGGAGGACUCAAAGAAGCCCAACUGCUUUGAGCUCUACAUCCCUGACAACAAGGACCAGGUGAUCAAGGCCUGCAAGACAGAGGCAGAUGGGCGCGUGGUGGAGGGGAACCACACCGUGUAUCGCAUCUCUGCCCCCACGCCCGAGGAGAAGGAGGAGUGGAUCAAGUGCAUCAAGGCCGCCAUCAGCCGGGACCCCUUCUACGAGAUGCUGGCUGCCAGGAAGAAGAAGGUCUCGUCCACCAAGCGGCACUAGCAGCCAGACUGGCCCUGCGAGGCCAGCCCAAGUGUUCCCCUGUCCUGGGGGCAUGUGGGGUGGGGGCCACGCUGCACGCUGGCCCUUGAGGCCCAGGGCCCAGCUUCAGCUUAGCCAUUUCUUACUGCGGGGGGAGGGAAGGGCAUCUCAGUGACUCUGCCCCCAUCACUGCCUCAUCACCUGACAGCAUCCUCAGAGGCUCAGGUGGGAACACAGCCCCCCUGGGAGCCCUGGCCUGAGCACCACGGGCACCUCCCUGCCUCUGACCCCCAGCAAGCCAUGGCCACGGGCACUGGGCCCCCAGCCCCCGUGCUCAGACGCUCUUGGGGUGUUGGGCAGGAGGGUGAGCAGCUGGCGGUUUUGGGGUGCCACAGGUGCUGGGGUGCAGGUGUCAGCCCUGCAGAGAUACAGCUCCUGGCCCUCGUUGUAGCGGGCCUGGGUCUGUCCUGGGCGUCCCCACGCUGCUGCCUUGGGCCCUCCCAGCCACCCCUGCACUGGAGUGGUCCCCAGACACAGGAGGGACGAAGGGCAGGGGCUGGUGGCGAGCAGUGGUGCCACGCAGGGCAGGGAUGUGCCCUCACCCAGCUGUGGGAGCCGUGGCUGGGAUGUGGCAGCACUUGGUGGCAUUGCCCGAGCACAUCCCUGUGCCAUGGCCGUGUGCCAGGGUGGCAUGGUGCCCUGGUGGAGCCUGCCCUCGGGAUGGCUGCUGCUGGGGGCUGGCUGUGGCCCCAGCUCUCUCUCUGCCUCACAAUCGCCUGUGUCUUGUCCUGUCCCCAUCCCCACGCGCGGUCUGGAGGCACCUGGAUCAGUAUUAGUCUAUUUAUCAGAGGUGUAAAUACUCCUGUAUAGUUUUCUCCUUGUAGAUUAUUUUGUAUGUGGGUGGUUCAGUGCAGAGGCCUCACAGGAGUGGGGCGGGUGGGCAGGAUUUUUUAUUCUAACCUUUUUUUUCUUUUUUUUUUUUUAAUUUGCCAUGGCCUUGUAAACUAGUGCUGAAGAUCAGCAACAAAUAAAUACUUGCACCACGCUUC